AUGCGCUUCCCUCUCAUUCUUUUGGCAACAUCCCUCAGCUCCGCACUCGAAUCAGUUGCAUCCAACAUCCUUGGACUCCGCCAGACCGUGCCAGCUCUCCCAACGUGCUCCUACCCUUGCUUUGUUAACCCAAAUUUGGGUGGUUGCGCAGCGACGAACUACGUGUGUCUAUGCAACAACCAGGAAUAUCUCACAAGCACCAGUACUUGCAUUCUGCAACACUGCAGCGGGGCAGAUCUCACGACCACCUACAGGAUCUCCCAAGCCACUUGUCUCGCCGUCGGCGUAACACUCACCAUACCAGGAUUGCCUUCUAGCACAGUCGCGGUGGCUACCGCGGCCUCAGCACAGUCAUCUACUAGUAGUCAAGCUGCUGGUCCGACUACUAGUGGUAGUCAGCCACCUACUACCAUAAAAUCCAACGAUGCUGGUGCACCCCCCUCUCCCACUGCGCCACAAAAUACGGUAGACGCUUCAACCACGACCACAAUCCCCCUCUCUCAUAACGGGGCUUCCUCAUCACGAGUGGAUAUUCUGGCUGGUGUAGCAGCUCUAGCUCUCAACGCUUGCCUAUUAUGA